CCGCCCGGCAGCACAAGGAUGUUUGUUACGACUACUCAUGAUUCCUCCAAAAACACCUUAUUUCCCUUGACCCCCGGAUCUUUGCACCCAUCCUACGAUCCGUCUAUCACUUAUCUGGGUGCUGAAUCCAUUACAGCUUCAUCAUGGCGGCCAGCAGCCUUUUGGCCUCUCUACUCAAGUAUGCUUCUCUUUCAGUCGCCAUCGCGGUCGGCUUAUACGCGACGCUGUUGGGCCUGCUGACAACGCAAACAUUCCAAUCCCACGUGGUGUACUUGCCUGCCAUCGAAAUGGCAUGGUUUAAAGACCUCAAUGUCUUUGAAACCUUUGGCUUUCUACGCAACCAGGUCACCCCUUUUGCAAUCCGGACCCUCGAUGGAGAGCAGCUUUACGCCUGGCACAUUCUGCCGGUGGAACUGUACCGUCGACACGAACAAUCCCUGGUUGCGGAGCCCGCAGGAUUAGUCUCUGAUAUUACUUCCCGGCUCUCCUUCCAGCUUCUGCGCGACGAUCCUGACGCUCGCCUGAUCUUGCACAUGCAUGGUGCUGGGGGCACGGUGGGUUCGGGCUAUCGCGUUCCCAAUUACCGGGCGCUGUCCGCUGGCCAGCCAGAGAAGAUCCAUGUUCUCACUUUUGAUUAUCGAGGGUUUGGGCGGAGUACUGGUCAACCCUCGGAGGCGGGCCUGAUCACCGACGCCCGUGCGGCGGUCGACUGGGCCAUGAUGGUCGCUGGCAUUCCCCCCUCUCGCAUUCUCAUCUUCGGUCAGUCUAUGGGGACUGCCGUCAGCCUUGCCAUCACCCGCGACCUUGCUGUCCAAACACCACCCGUGGUAUUUGCUGGCAGCGUCCUGGUGGCCCCGUUUGUUGAUGUUGCGACGUUGGUUUCGACCUACCGUGUGGCGGGCAUGAUUCCGAUCCUGUCCCCACUUGCGCGCUUCCCAUGGCUCUUCGAAUCUCUGCAGCGCUUCAUCCGGGACAAGUGGCUGAGCAAGGAUCGCAUUUAUGAGUACGUACGGGCCAACGAAGUGAACGGGCAAAGAUACUAUCUUACCAUCAUCCAUGCGGAAGACGACUACGACAUCCCCUCGCACCACAGCCAAGCCGUGUUCUGGCAUGCAGUCCGAGGAACUGUACCUGGAGGCAUCGGCUACGAUGAGCUAGAGCUCAAGAAACCAGGCACCAAAGUAGACCUUGGCGCUGCUGGUACUGUCGUGAAUUGGAAGACCGACAAUGGCAUCAUCCGGGAGCAGAUCCUGAAGACUGGCUUGCAUGAUGCUAUAAUGGGGUAUCCGGUAGUUACCAUGGCCGUUAUGCGUGCCUUCGAAUCCGCAAACCCGGCCUUCACGGGUCUGCUGCACGGAAACUAGGACGAACCGACACAGAGGCAAUGAAAAGGCCUCCGGGAUAGGUUGGAUGCACCGCAAAGCAGCUGACAGAUUCAGCAUAAGUUGUCAUUUGCACAUAGAACACUGCCAAUCCCGAGCUGCUUCUAGCCUACUUAGAGCAGACGAUGGUUGAACUACCACCUGCUAUGGCUGCUAAUGAUAGCAACCAGCACCAUUAUAAUCACUAUGCAGUUUACGUACCGUUAAAGCUCCUGGUACAGAAGUUAGAACAUUCCUCUUAGCCGGGCGUAGUCCAUGAGCUUCAAAGCGACUCAGGCCUUUCUGCGAAGUUAGCAACUCUUGAGUCC